AAAUAUCGCUUACCAAUCUAUACUUUGCGACUCCCUGGCACUCGCCUCUACAUCGUCAACACCCCGCAGCUCAUCUCGGCAGUGCAGAAGAACUUCAAGGCCCUCACCUUCCAGGCUGUGACUGACAAGUUCUCGGGUCUCAUUUGUGGGACAUCGCAGGAGGCGCAAGAUGUCCAGAAGAGGCUUUUGGACGAGUGGCAGGCGGCGGCCAAUUCUGCACCCAGCCCAAGCCACACGAGCUACAAGGCCUUAUCGCCGGGAGAGAGUCUAGAUGAAAUGAACAGAACGAUGAUCCAGCGGUUAGCGAAAGAAGUUGAGAUCAUUGUCUCAGGGGGUGAGGAGAAAGAGGUAGCGUUGUUCGAGUGGGUCAAGGAGGCUGUGGGGGUCGCGACGACGGAUGGCGUCUAUGGUGACAAAAACCCAUAUCGAGAUGCUGGGUUCAGACGGUCGUUCUGGUUCUACGAAGCCGGCGUACCGACCCUCUCUCUCGGUGUCUUCCCCACCAUCUUCGCGAAACCCUGCCUCGAAGCCCGCCAGCGAAAUGCACUCAUCCUCGAGAAGUACUUCACGUCAGGGGACUACCUGCACGGCGCGACGCUGACGCGCAAUCGCUUUGACUGGCACAUCGCGAGCGGGUUCCCCAUCCCCGACGUCGCGAAGCUCGAAGUCGGGAACGGCAUCGCCAUCCUCGCGAACACAGUCCCAACCGCCUUCUGGGCAAUCUACCACAUCUUCUCAAACCCAGCCGUCCUAUCGUCCAUCAGAGAAGAGAUCAUCCAACAUGUCGAGACCACCACCUCCCCAGAAACCUCCACCACCACAAAACACAUCGACAUCUCCCUCCUCAAAACAUCCUCCCCCCUCUUCCUCUCCUCCCUCAAAGAAUCAAUGCGCCUCCACAGCGUCGGCGUCGGCGUCAGACAAGUCAUGACCGACACCACCAUCUCCACCCCCUCUCUCCCCCCCUUCCUCCUCAAGAAAGGCAGCCUGGUCAUCAUGCCCUCCCAAGUCCAACACUCCGACCCCGACCUCUGGGGCGCCCUCGACGUCAACGCCUUCGACAUCGAGCGCUUCGUGCCAAAAGCGAAGCUCAAGGGCCCAAACCCCGUCUCCUUCCGCGCGUUCGGCGGCGGCACGACGCUGUGCCCUGGCCGCCACUUCGCGAUCACAGAAGUUCUCGUCCUCGUGGCGAUGCUGACGCUCAGAUUCGACAUCCAGCCCGUUGCGAAGGGCACAGCGUGGAAGGAGAUGACGACCGAGAAGGCGCCCAUGACGGCCGCGAUGCCGAAGCCGGACGACGAUGUCGAUGUCGUGCUUCGUCAGAGGGACGACGAUAAGGGCGUCAAGUGGGUGUUUAAUCUUAGUGCUGGGGAGAAGGGGAUUGCGAUUGCGGCGGAGGAUAUGUGA